AUGUCCGACCCCAAUUCUCCUCACAUCAAGAAUCGCGAUACCCCAUCAUGGGGCCUCUAUCAGCGUGAAAAUUUCUGGAAGCUGAACGAUGGCCAAGUUCCCCAGUUCAACACUCACCCUGACAAACUCGAGGAGCUGGCCAAGCAGAAGCUGACCCAAAAUGGAUGGUACUAUGCUUCGUCGAAUGCUGGCCUUUCCCAUACCCACUUAGCAAACCGUCAAGCCUUCUUUAGGCACAAGAUCCUUCCCCGGCAGCUUAUAGACACCAAUAAGCGAUCAACUCGCACAACGAUAUUCGGGCACGAGGUCUCCGCACCGUUUGGUAUUGCACCUAUAGGCAUCAACAAAAUCUAUCAUCCGCAAGGUGAACUACCUGUGGCGAAGGUGGCCGGGGAGCUGGGUAUCCCGUACAGUCUAUCGACGGCCGGUUCCUACCCCAUUGAGGAAGUUGCUCGAGCUAACGACGCCGGGCGUGAAUCUACGGUUGAGCUUCAGUCGGAGGACAAGUCCAAGAUUCCAGAAGGCCCGCGGUUCUUCCAGCUCUACAUGCCUCAUGACGAUGAGCUCACCAUAUCGCUUUUGACGAGGGCACACGAGUCUGGUUUUACGGCCUGCAUUCUCACGACGGAUACUUGGCAAUUAGGAUGGCGACACGAUGACGUCGCCACAUCGAACUAUGCUUUCUAUCGCGGCAUCGGUGCCAAGCUGGGCUUGACUGACCCCGUGUUCCAGAAGCGCCUUGAAGAGAAGGGCAUCAAUCCGCAGAAGGAGCCCGAGAGGGCGGCAGCAUUGUGGAUCGACAGCAUCUGGCACGGCCGCGCAUGGUCCUGGGACAAGGCCAAGUGGGCGCGAGACCAAUGGCAGCGGAUUAGCGGCGGUAAACCGUUCUUGAUCAAGGGAAUACAGAGGGUAGACGACGCAGAGAAGGCGGCGGAUCUGGGGUUCGAGGGAAUUGUUGUGAGCAACCAUGCGGGACGUCAGGUUGACGGGGCGAUUGCAAGUCUGGAUGCGCUGGAAAAGAUUGCGGAUAAGGUUGGGGACCGGAUCGUGGUCACAUUCGACAGCGGGGUGAGGGGCGCAGCAGAUAUCGUGAAAGCCCUGGCGUUGGGUGCCAAAUUUGUCUUCAUCGGUAGGUUGUGGAUCUGGGGGUUGAGUAUAAUGGGGGAGCACGGAGUGAGACACGUUCUCAGGGGACUGUUGGCCGACUUGGACAUUUUGAUGAACGUGGCAGGAGUCAAGACCAUUGGAGACAUAAACAAAGACUUGUUAGAGUCUCUUCCCAGGGCUUACACACUGAUUUCUGAAAAGAGCAAGUUGUAG